UGACUAGCAAGGCGUGUUAGUGUGGGUGUGAUUAGUGCAUAGCACUUGCUCCAUGGUUAUUUAUUCUGGCUGUAACUGUGCUGUGCGUACGGCUGCAUUUUCAAGGGCGCGUUCCUCUUGGCGGAGCUGCACUGUCGCUCUCCACACGUGCAAGUGUCAAGAAAAAUAUUUCAGCACUGGAGCUGUCCACUUCAGCGUUUUGACGGACUCUUGUCACUCUUAUCACGGAUAGGUAAUUCGUGUCACAUUUGCAGUAUAUAUUUUUGAAAUCCAGGCUAUUUUGAGUAGGCUAAACGCGUACUUUUCAUUCAAUCGAAGCCUUGCAAUGCUGGGUAGCUGUUCGUGAGACACAAGGAAAAAAAGUCCCAAAUCGCGGUGGAGAGUUGUCCGAUUUUAUCUCAGUAAUGGGAGUGCUCAUGUCUAAGAAGCAGCAGGUGCAGAAAUGCACCUCGGUCGUCUCUGCCUUUCAGCAGGGCAUGAAGGAACGCCCUCCAAACACAACAAACCAGGGGGAAAGAUCUGGAGAGGGGCCGGCUGAAUCCUUGCCACUACCAAAUCCAAAGGAGGAGGGGGAGCACGGGGAGGCAGACGGCAAAGUGGGACCCUCGGGGACCUCCCAGCAAGCUGCUGCUCCAGGUCCGGCUCCCACCAGGGACGAGUGUAAGGUCAACCAGGAGGCCUGGAAUAGGUUACGGGAUGGGAAGGGGGUGGAACCUGAGGAUCUGGACAAGACCGGCCAUCAGCUCAUCCCACCUGCAUUUGUACGUCCCAAGAGAGAUGCCAAUGAUGACCAGCCUGUUGAAAUAGCACUGGGACAGAGAGAGCAGCCGGUCAAUGAUGAGAUGUGUGAGGUGUGUGAGGUGUGGACGGCCAACGACCUGUUCCCCUGCAGGACCUGCACACGAGUCUUCCAUGACGGCUGUCUGAGGGAGUUGGGCUACCUGCGCACCGAACUCCUGCAGGAGAUGAGGGAGACAGCACACACUUCGACAGGCUGGAGCUGCUACUACUGCGACAAUGUGAACCUGCUUCUGACUGAAGAGGAGAUGUACAGCCUAAUGGAAACCUUCAAGCAGUGCAAGAUCAUCCCUGAGUCGUGCCUGGUGUCAGAUGAGCUGCUGCAGUACCGCCACUUUGUGUCCAAGCAACUGUUUGAGAAGGACCUGUCUGAUGAGCAGGAAGAGGAGGUACUGGCUCAGUUCGCUGCCCUGGACUCAGAGAAGAGGGGCCAGAUUGAGUGGUCUGACUUCCUAUACCAUGAGUCCCUGGGAGUGCUCAGGAAGUUCCGCACAGAGAACUCGUUGGUGCGUCUGUUGAGCGCUAAGGAGAGAGACCACGUGCGGUCAGUGUUCGUGGGUUUGGACCUGGAUAAAGAUGGUGUGGUCACGGGAGCAGAGACCCGCUGGGCCCAGCAGUCCUGGUUUCAGAAGUUCAGCAAGGAGUCCCAGUCCUGCAACGUGAGACUCUUUGGAUUGUGUUCUCCUGUGAAUUGUGGUAUUAGCCACGUUGGCCCCAUAUCUGAGAGCAGUCCAGCCAGCUCCAGCAGUGAGAGAAGCAGUCAGAAAGAUGACAACAGACCAGUGAGCUGGGAAGACUUCCUGAGGGAGAGUGCCAUCUACAUCCUGGCUGCACGGCCCAACAGCUUGGCCAUGCACAUCCGCCUACCACUAUAGCCCACGAGACCUCACCCUGCCUGGGAGAGCAUAUUCCAUGGCACUAUAGGGG